AUGUCGCAGGCCGUCCUGAACGACACCCGCACCGGCGCCGCCAUCCUCCGCCUCUUCUUCCACGACUGCUUCGUCAACGGCUGCGACGCCUCGCUGCUGCUCGACGACACGGCCACCACGCCCGGCGAGAAGAGCUCCGGCCCCAACGCCGGCGGCUCCACCUUCGGCUUCGACGUCAUCGACAACAUCAAGACGCAGGUCGAGGCCGCCUGCCCCGGGAUCGUCUCCUGCGCCGACAUCCUCGCCCUCGCCGCGCGCGACAGCGUCAACCUGCUGGGCGGGCCGAGCUGGGCGGUGCCCCUGGGGCGGCGCGACGCGACGGCCCCGGACCCGGACGGGGCGAGGACGCUGCCGGGCCCGGACCUGGACCUCGCCGCGCUCGUCUCCGCCUUCGCCGCCAAGGGGCUCACGUCGCGCGACCUGGCCGCGCUCUCGGGCGCGCACACGGUCGGCAUGGCGCGCUGCGUGCAGUUCCGCACCCACGUCUACUGCGACGCCAACGUGAGCCCGGCCUUCGCGUCGCAGCAGCGGCAGCUCUGCCCGGCCUCCGGCGGCGACGCCAGCCUCGCGCCGCUCGACCCGCUCACCCCCAACGAGUUCGACAACGGAUACUACCGGAACCUCAUGUCCGGCGCCGGGCUGCUGCGCUCCGACCAGGAGCUCUUCAACAACGGGGCUGUGGACUCCCUGGUGCGCCUCUACAGCGCCAACCCCGCCGCCUUCUCGGCCGACUUCGCCGCCUCCAUGAUCAACCUCGGCAACGUCAGCCCGCUCACGGGGGCCAGCGGGGAGAUCAGGCUGGAUUGCAGGAAAGUCAAUACUUGA